UUUCUCCAAAUAAUACGAAGAAAACGGAAAGAUGGUUGUUUAUAUAAUUUGAUAGAGGUGGCUAAAAUUUGACGAAUUUAUUCAGCGGCUGUAGUCAACAGGAAUCGGUUCGGUCUGAUCUUAUUUCCAAACCCAGAAACGGUUUCCGUAGGGGCUGAGGCGGGACUGUCCGUUGCGCGUUUCGUGCCUAUACGGUCGGAUUCAGAUAUUUUAACACUGGGAAGCAAUUUGUAGCCAGCGAACGCAGUGUGAUAUUAGUAGCUAAGGUCGACUUUGCUACGCAGGGAUCUUAAAUCGCAUGUUAUCUGCGAUGCAUUCGUGAGAGUAACGUUACUAAACAGCGUCCCCGCACAGGUACAGUGAGAUAAGUUGCUCUUAUUGCUGGCUGGGAUCUCGCCCCGUAUCGGAACUCUUAAUGUGACCGAAUUUCAGACGCAGGGGGAAAGUGCCUACUGUCUUGUGCUGCCGGUGCGUGGCUCCUCUCUGCGAUCCUGUUCCUGAAGAUCGAGCAAUGCAAAGGUUUUUUUUUUUCCUCCCACGAGGACAGAAAAAUACCAUCCCGAAGGCGACCCAAUACGCGCAGGGUAUUCUGCCCGAGUUUGCGGAGGGCUGGUUUGUUUGCUCUCCGCCGCCGAUGUGAUGUUACCUUAGCGGGGAGAGCGGCUUGGCCGGGAACCCGCUGGGCUCGGUGGCUUGUGUGUUGUGUUGCAGCUCGGCUUUGCCCGUGUGGGUUUAAGAAGGACACUUUCUGACAACCGAGUUCAAAAGGUUCGGGAUCUCCACUCUCUUUUUAAAACGGCGUCGUUCCGAGACUCUCCUCUUCAGGGAAAACAGGAUGUGUUUUGAACAAAACAACCGCGUUCCCUCGCGUUUCUCUUUAGUCCCAACAUUUCGGACCACCUGAGAAACGAAGCGUGCUCUUCUUAUGUUGUGAUAAACCUGCGCAGGUAUACAGCUUACACGUCCUAUAGGUUGCUAGACGCAGGCAGAACUAGCUUCUGUUGCACUUAUAUGUCGUGAAAACAGUCGUGCGUUACUGCACAGCCCAUUUUAUGAAAUAUUUAUAGCGUGCUGAAAAGGUACGCUUCUUCUACACGGGCAGCCGGUUGUAAGAGCAGAGCCGAGAGCGAAGGCGGACUGCUCUGCAAGUCGGGAGGUGCUGGUGCAGCCUGGGGCCCGUCGGAGUGCGCGGCGCCGAAGCCUGGAGCGAGCCCGUCCCGCCUGCGAUGGUGUCGGCCCCUCCGCUCUGCAGCAGCGUGCACGGCUGGGUCAGCGCCGACCGGAUCCGCAUGUGCGGUAUCAACGAGGACCGGAGAGCGCCGUACCCCGAAGAGGAGCCGGCCCGGGCCGGCACACAGCCUGCGGCGCCGAAGGAAUGCUGCACUAGCGGCAGCGUCGUGCAGGUGGAUGCCACCCAGAUGAACGCAGAGGUCAGCGCUUCGAGCAGGUCUCCGGAGAGGAUGGUCGGGCAGCCCCCGCCGCCAGCGCUGCCCCCCGAGCUCCAAGCCGAUGUUCCCCUCGGCCAGCAGUCACAGCCGGGCCCGGCUGCCGAGCCCAGGGGCGCGGACGUCUCCUCGAGAGCACCCCCGCAGACACAGCCCCCCCCGGGCAGCGGCGCCGGGGGCCCCGUCUCUCCUGCGCAGCUGUGGCCUGUGAGAAAGAUGGAGAGCGGGGACGUGUGUCUGGGCUCCGGCGCUGGCCGAGCGGCCCCGCCGCUGGUCACGCUGCCCCUGGGCUUCCAGGGCGCCCCUCUCUUCAGUCCCCCGCACACCGUGGCCUUCGUGCCCCCCACGCCCGUGUGCAAGAUAACUCUGCCCACAAGCACGGCCCCCCUGGCGGCUUUGAGAGACCCCCUCGUCGCCCAGUUCGCACCGGAAUGUCAGCUGCAGAGCUCAGGUUCCGGCCUGACCCCCCCCCUGCGGGCCCUCCCUUACCAUUUCCCCCUGGGCAGGACCCUCACGCCCGAGCCCAGAUCCCCUUCCGCCGCGCAGAAGUCGAGCACCAAGCUUUCCACGGCGGGACCGGAGCUGUGUUCCGGCCCGGACUCGGCGUCUUCGGCCCCGCUCGCUCUCCCGCUGAAGCAGCCGGCUCUGUCACUCUCUCCUCACCCUCCCGUCUGCUACAGCCCCACCGGCUCCCUGCCUCUGAGCCACACGGCCGCACACAGCAGGCUGCUGGGCCGCUUGGAGAGCAGCACCCCCCACCCCUACGCCGACAAGCCCCCCUUGGCGUACGCUCGCUUAAAGUCCCCCCCGAUGGCCCUGGAAGAGCUGUCUCUGGCCCCCUCUCCCGAAGACAGAGACGUGCCCCUGGAUUUGUCCACGAAGUCCAAGCGUCAGAAAACCACAAUGGAUCUAAGCAGAAACUCGCCGAUGAGGGAGCUCCCCCUAGUGGAAUCGGGGCAGAAUGAGCUGGCGUCGCUGAAGUGUCCACUGCCAGCCCAGGCUGUGAGCUUCGGGCCUGCUUCUCCUUACCCCAUCUUCCCAGACGUCCUGAGAAACGGUGCCGCUCUUGCAAAGAAGCCCGUUGGGCUUUUGAACUCCCAGGUCCCAGAAGCCUCUGCGCCGUGGGCUAAGAGCUCCGCGCAGGGCUCCCUCAGCAGCCUGCCCGGGACGUACGUGGGCGUGGCCAGUCCAGUCCUGGCGGCCACCUUGCGCAGCAAAGACGCAGCUUUUGUGGACGACCCUCAGAACAUCGCCAAGCAGGAAACCAUCUCCAUCAUUGACCAAGGCGAUCAGCUGCUUUCUAAGGGAAAGAAGGCAACACCCAAGACGAAAGACAUCCACCAAGCCCAGACGAACAAGCACCCUAACAGUAGCCUCCCGGGAGGCAGGCAACAGUGCCUGCCACUCAAGACCAACAUGUUACCCAUAACUCUGUCUGUUUCUGCUAAUCUCCUGGCUCCCUGCCAGAUAAACGGUGGAAACACCAUCUCUCGGCCAGCCGACACACCUCUGUUGCACCUGCCGAGCUUACUUCCCUGCUCUGGUGUAUCCGUGCCGGAGAAAUCCAUGCAGGAGAGCCCCCAUGUGAGGGCGGGGGGGGUCAGCGAGGGCGGUCUCCUUCACCAGAGCCCACCCAAGGGAGAAGAGGAGAAGUGGGACAAAGCCAAAUCGCCGUUGUCCAACCUGGAGUACAUAGUGAAGCACACAGCUCUGGAGACGUCCUCGCGGGCCUGUGAAGCCGCCUGUGAUCUGGCCACUGCUGACACCAGGGAAACGGAAGCAGUCCCUUUGCAGGCUGGGGGCCAGGAAGCUGCCUCUAAAGAGCCAAGCGUGGCGGAGAGCCCCCCCUCCAAAACGGCAAAGAGGCUGGAGAACGCCAGCUCGGACAGGCCUGCCUGCCAGCAAGACGGGAAACAAGCUGCUGACCUGGAGGUGGCGAGCAAGGCCCCCGAGGAAGCGCAGUGCGAUGGCGAGAGCCCUGCCCCGAGACACCGGGGCCCAGGGGAGACUGCGGGAGCGCAGGAGGAGAGGAAGGUGGAGCACCUCUCGCCCUGCGUGAAGCUGGAGGGCAUCACCCUGUCCAUGCUCAAGGGCCAGCGCGCCGCCGGGGCCGGCCGGGAGAGGAAACGGAACGGCGCCCCGGAGGCACGGCAGGCUCCCUCCGGAGGCAAGGACCGGGGCGGCCAGUCCAGGAGGACCCAGGAGCUGCCGUCCCCAGGUCCCGGGAGAAGGACGGAGAAGUCUGCCAAGAAGCAGGAGACGGACAGCGCGGUGGCAGAUGAGGACCAUCGGCCGAAGAAGAAGAGGAAGCGGUGGGCAGCUGUGCCCCAGGAGAGCCCGCCUGAGGUGCCCUCGUGCCCACAGAGCGAGGGGCUGGGCAGGAAGCGCAGGAGGAGAGGGAGUCUGGCACACAGGAGCGCGGCUGCUCCCGGUGCAGCAGAUGGCCUGGGCCGCUCGUUCCCGUGCCCCAGGAGCAGCGAGGUGCCCGUCUCCCUGCCGAGGAGCCCCGCCUGGAUGAGUAGGGAGGGGGGCCCCGCAGAGAGCACCCCCAAACUGAGACGGGGGCGGCGGCGAGUAGGGGGGGCUCCCCGGGACGACUGGAGCUGCUCCCCGCCCCCACCCCUCCACCGGCCCAGGGGCCGCCCGCGCUCGCGCUCCCGUCCGCAGCCAGAGCCCGGCGGGUGGGGCGCGGCGCCGCCCGGCGAGCCGGAGGCCCCCGCCCGGAGGAAGCGCAGGAGGCGCCGCAACCGGAAGUACCAGAACGGGGAGUACAUCACGGAGCGGGACCGGGCCGAGGAGGAGGAGGCCGAGGAGAGCUGCGUCACCACACGGCAGGCCGCCCGCGCCGGGGCAGAUUCCCUCCCCCGGCGCUGCGCCCCCCCGCCGUGCCGGGGCCCCAGCCCGGACCCCGCGCUCCGGAGGGCACUGCCGACGCGCUCAGGGGCCCUGCGGCGCUCGGAGCCCGCCGGCGAGCCGGAGCCGUGCGACAAGCCCUCGGGGAAGCGCAAGUUCAAGAGCAAGCACCUGGUGGAGGCGGAGGAGGAGAGGAAGGUCAAGACGAGACGAGGCAGCUUAGGCAAGUGCUCAGCCUCUCUGCUGGCCGCAGCGGAGAGUCCCCCCGCGAAGAGGCCGGUAGGAACGGGCUGCACCCUGAAGGGGGCGUCCUCCCCCUCCCCGGGCAGGAGAGGGAGCUCCGGGAGGAGGGGGGGCCCGGAGUCGACGCCCCCCCCCGGCCGACCCGCCCCCCCCGAGGUGCGCAGGCUGAUUGUCAACAAGAACGCCGGGGAGACUCUGCUGCAGAGGGCGGCGCGCCUGGGCUACCAGGAGGUGGUGCUGUACUGCCUGGAGAAGGAGGUGUGCGAGGUCAAUCACCGUGACAACGCGGGCUACACGGCGCUGCACGAGGCCUGUGCCCGGGGCUGGGGCGCCAUCGUCGCGCUGCUGCUGGAGCACGGGGCGGACGUGAACUGCAGCGCGCAGGACGGCACGCGCCCGAUUCAUGACGCGGUGGCCAACGACCACCUGAACGUGGUGCGAAUCCUGCUGGGUCACAGCGCGGACCCCACGCUCGCGACGUACUCCGGCCAGACCGCGCUCAAGCUGGCCUCCAGCCCCACCAUGAAGGCUUUCCUCACAGAGUACUUUGCUGAUCUCGAGGGUCACAGCGAGGACGAUGCCAAGCUUUGCUGGGAUUUGUACAGCAGCUCUAUGUUCGAGACCAACCAGGAGGUGAACUGGGACUUCCUGCUCUCCCCCCCUGAGGAGGAGGAGGAAGACAGGGAUGCGGAGGAGAAGGAAGACUGCUUCCUGUUUGAGUUUUCCACAGAGCCUCUUCUGCCCUGCUAUCAUGUCCAAGUGACCCUGUCCCAGGGCUUCUGCAAUUGGCUUCUCCUCUCCGACGUCCUGAAGCGUCUCAAAAUGUCCGCGCGGAUAUUCCGAGCGCGAUACCCUCACCUGGAGGUUGCCAGCCUCCCGCAGGCGGAGUUCGUCAGCCAGGUGUCGGUCAGCCAGCUCAUGUCUGCGCCCCAGGAGCUGAGGGACAGCAGCCUGGAGCUGGUGCGCUGUGUCCCGGAGCUGCAGGAGCUCCUGGGCUCCUCCGUCCAGGUGCUGAAGGACGAGCCGUCCGAGCUGUAGCGCCGGACUGACCUGCUCAGGACAGGGGGGCAGCCACAGGCCAGCUGGACAGAAACGUCGCUCUGCAGCUCUUCAGGUUGAGCUUUUAAGACAAAGGCGCAAAACCACAUUUUAAAAAGUUUUUUUUUUUAGUUUCACCUCAGGGCUCCAGGUGGAAUUUUUAUAUGAGCCCAGUGAACGUUACAUUUUUGUUUUUCCGAAUUCAACUGAAUGUUCUCGGACGGGGAUUGUCCUCGGUCCCCCGCAGCCCUGAGUGGUUAGCGAAGAAGCGGGGUUCCAGCCCGGUCAGGUGGGCCUGGGCAGGCCGCAGACUGACCUGUCCCCACGAUCAGAGGCCUGGACUGCGUGGACGGGUUCUUCUGAAGUACAGGGCACCUGCUGGCCACCGCUAAACCGAUUGUAUCUGAAGAACUUGACCUCGGUGAUCUUCAAGUCAGGCUUUGCGGUCGGCUCUGGUUUCUCCUGCGUUUUCAAUAAUUUAGUAUUUUGGUGAACCACAGAUAUGCCCACACCUUACCCCUGGCCACACGCUUUCUUUGAAGUGAAGUGACUUGCAAAGGUUCCAGAUUCCUGGGAGUGGCCUGGCGGAGCUGCACAGCUGACCCGGCGGCUCUGGGCUGGUUCUCUGUGCCUGCAGCACCUCCGGCGUGGCUCUCCCGGCCACCCCUCCUUACUGCCCUCAGCCGCUGUGACUGUCCUGCGAGUCCAGAACAAGAGAGCAUCUGUGUCUGUGAACGGGUGGACUUGGAGCUUUUCGGAGACAGACGUUGCAGGACGGUAGGACAUGUUGGUUCUCCUGCAGAUGCCCAAAACUCUGAGCUGCGUACUGAAUCUGGAGGAUCAUGGGAAGGAUAGGUGACCUCUGACCUUCCCAUCCUUUUCCUGUUCUAAUGAUAUUGCUUCUUCCAUGUCUGGUGGAAACUUUUAUUUACUUACAGUGUUUGGUUUGUUUCCUUGGCUUAAUUUAAUAGACUUUGUUAUGAUUAA